UGUUAUUAGGCCGGGUAUUUCUUCGACACAAAAAUUCGUUUACCUCCGCAGGAGUCCUUCUUCCUUGCUCAUCAUGCUCACCGCCCGCGGCGUCACCCGCAUCUCCAGGAGAGCGGCCAACAGCGUCAAGAACUCUAACAGGUUCUUACAGACUGCAGCACCCCUGCUGUCCCGUGUUGCCGUUCCUUCUGCCGCAUCAAAACAACCUGCCGCCCGUCCUUCUCGCGUCUCCGCAUCCCAGCCAGCGCGCUGCUAUGCAACGGAGGCCAAGGGCACUAUUGGUUCGGUGAAGACAGUCAUUGGUGCCGUCGUCGACGUGCAGUUUGAGACCGACGUUCUUCCUCCCAUUCUGAACGCCCUCGAAGUUCAGGACUUCCACGGCGGUCGUCUUGUCCUCGAGGUUGCAUCUCACCUUGGUGAGAACACCGUUCGUACCAUUGCCAUGGACGGUACCGAGGGUUUGGUCCGUGGUCAGAAGGUGGUUGACACCGGUGCACCUAUACAAAUCCCCGUCGGCAAAGCCACGCUGGGUCGUAUCAUGAACGUCAUUGGCGAGCCGAUUGACGAGCGUGGGCCAAUCAAAGGUGUCAAGCUUUCUCCCAUCCAUGCCGAUCCCCCUGCGUUCGUAGACCAGUCAACGACUGCGGAGGUUCUCGAAACCGGUAUCAAGGUCGUCGACCUCUUGGCUCCUUACGCUCGUGGUGGAAAAAUCGGUCUCUUCGGUGGUGCAGGUGUCGGAAAAACCGUCUUGAUCCAGGAACUCAUCAACAACGUUGCCAAGGCUCACGGUGGUUUCUCCAUCUUCUGUGGUGUUGGCGAACGCACUCGUGAGGGAAAUGACUUGUACCAUGAAAUGAUCGAAACUGGUGUCAUCAACUUGGAGGGCGACUCCAAGGUCGCUUUGGUUUUCGGUCAGAUGAACGAGCCUCCGGGUGCUCGUGCCCGUGUUGCCUUGACUGGUCUUACCAUUGCCGAGUACUUCCGUGACGAGGAGGGUCAGGAUGUGCUUCUUUUCAUCGACAACAUCUUCCGCUUCACCCAGGCUGGUUCCGAGGUGUCCGCCUUGCUUGGUCGUAUCCCCUCUGCUGUCGGUUACCAACCGACGCUCUCAACAGAUAUGGGUGGCAUGCAAGAGCGCAUUACCACGACCAAGAAGGGAUCCAUCACUUCAGUGCAAGCAGUUUACGUACCAGCUGAUGAUUUGACGGAUCCUGCCCCUGCCACCACAUUCGCACACUUGGACGCCACCACCGUGUUAUCCCGUAGUAUUGCCGAACUUGGUAUUUACCCUGCUGUGGACCCCCUUGACUCCAAGUCUCGUAUGCUCGACCCUCGUAUUGUCGGCCACGAGCAUUACGAGGUUGCUACUGCAGUCCAGAAGAUUCUUCAGGAUUACAAGUCUCUCCAGGAUAUCAUCGCCAUCUUGGGUAUGGAUGAGUUGUCGGAAGAAGAUAAGUUGACUGUGGAGCGUGCUCGUAAAAUUCAGCGUUUCAUGUCUCAGCCCUUCCAAGUUGCUCAGGUCUUCACUGGUUACGAGGGCAAGCUUGUCCCUCUGAAGGAUACCGUCCGGUCAUUCAAGGAGAUCCUAUCUGGCACACACGACAACCUCCCCGAGGCCGCUUUCUACAUGGCUGGUACGAUUGAAGAUGUCAAGGCAAAGGCUGAACAACUUGCAAAAGAGAUGGGUGGCAACUGAACGUGCCUUUAGACACCUGGUAUCCUACUGUCUUUCUCCGUAUUACCCACCGCAAUGUUAGAGUAGAACAAGCAAAAACAGCCUUCUGUGCCGAACAAUCAGGCAUUACG